AUGAACUUUCUUUCAGAUCUUCAGAAGAAAUCUAACAGUUCUUCUGAGACUCACCUCCCUGAAGAAAAGAAUGAUCAAAACCAAAACCAACACCAACACCACCAACCAUCAAACGCUGAGCUCAUGGCCAGUGCCAAGUUGUUAGCUGAGGCAGGCCAAACCACUAUUAGCCAGGGAGCUGAAAAAGUUGACAAGGCCAGGGUAGCUGGAGCAGCUGGUGAUCUUUUGGGAGCUGCCUCUAGCUAUGGAAAGUUGGAAGAAAAGAGCUACGGCAAGUAUGUGGAAAAGGCUGAGACUUAUCUCGACCAAUAUGGCAACCCCUCCUCCCAAUCCCAAUCCCAAUCCCAUUCCACCACCACAGACUCAGAACCACAUUCAGCUGCUGCCGCUGGUGAUCAUGAAAGUGAAGGCAAUACUGAAAGUGGGACUGGGGACUACGUGAAGAUGGCUCAAGGUUUCUUGAAGAAAUGA